AUGAUGUGCGCAACAGGAAGAAAUGAGGAGGGCAAAGCAGAAUGCCCGCAGAUUUCAAAGGAGUAUCUGAGUUUGCUCAAAGGCUACGAUAUCGCCACCUUGGAGAAGGGCACCCAACAGACUGCCAUUUGUGACAAGAAUUCAGGCGAGAAACUAGGAGUCAUGGAGCAAGGCCUGUUCCAACGAGAUGCUGGAAUUGAAAACAAUUACUACCAAGCAGUCUCAGGCUGCUCUUGCGGGAAGGCUGAGAGCGCCAAAGAGCGUACAAUGAAGUGUAAACCAUGGCCCAAGUCUCUGUCUGUGAGCUACCACGACAAUGAUCCCAACGUGAUUUGUGUCGACGGGCUUCGCUGUCCUAAAAGCAAAUAG